CGAUCGCUCUCUGUUGAUUUUGAUCUACAUUUGUAGUCCAGAGCGCAGUCUUUUUUAUUAGCAACUCUUUCUCUUUCUCUCUCUCUUUUUUUCUUCACUUUCCCCUCUCUCUACUCUUUCUAUUGAUUGAUUCUCACACUCACAAAUAUGGCUGUUCCUGAUACAUCUUCGGCUUCUUCAAAAUAUUAUCCAAGAUUCACACUCUCUGCAGAAUGUCGGCGUCCAGCUCCUGAUGCACCUCUGACAGACCAACAAAUCUCAGCUCUUAAUACUCUCCGCACUCAAAUUCAUACUGCGGUCGCAAAAACAGAGGCUCAACGUCGAUGGGCCGAUGACCGUUGUCUUUUACGGUAUCUCAAAGCCAGGCGUUGGAAUAUUAAUGAUACUAAACAAGCUAUUCAGGAUUCGAUCCAAUGGCGUGAGGAUUUCAAACCUGAUAUACCUGAUAAAGAAAGUCUUUGGGUUGAGACUGAACCUGGCAAGUUAUAUGUUUCUGGAUUUGACAUGGAAUCACGUCCUUUACUCUACAUGAAGCCACGGUUAGAAAAUACGACGGCCUCGAUUCGACAGAUCCGUCAUGUGGUUUUUCAUCUCGAGACAGCGAUUGCUUUGAUGCCGGAGGGUGUUCAGAACCUCUGUAUCAUCAUUGACUUUGCAGGAUCAUCCAUGACCAAGAAUCCCGGCGUCGGGAUUGCGCGUGAGAUUAUUCAUGUCCUCGGAAGCCAUUACCCAGAGCGUCUAGGCAAGGCCUAUAUUAUCAAUGCCCCAUGGUUCUUCUUCCCAUUCUACAAGUUGAUCUCACCCUUCAUUGACCCUGUCACUAAAGCCAAGAUUAAUUUUGUGGAUAUGAAAAAGCAAAAGCCUAAAUCGACUGUGAUCUCGACUCCAUCCUCUGCCACUGCAUCUGAAACAGAUCUAUCUUCAACUACAACAUCCACUAAAACAUCCCCGUUCAAGAAAAUCUCAUCAGUGUCUCAUCCCACUUCAUCAUCGUCCUCGUCUUCGUCGGUCUCUGAUAAUGUCAAUCUGCUGGAUGUAAUCCCUGAAGAUAUGCUUGAGCAAGCUUUCGGGGGUUCAUCAAGCUAUGAAUACAAUCAGGAGAUCUAUUGGAAUGAAGCCUCCAGGGUCUUGGCUGAGGCUAGAAGCAAUCUUGAGCAAGGAGCCCCUGUCGCUGCAAUUGCCCCUGAUACUAAGCCUAAUACAGAUUCAUAAGACCUUCAUAAAUGAUAGAAGGCUAGAGGGCUAGAGGGCUAGAGGGCUAGAGGGCUCCCAAAUCCAAAUACUUUUAUUCAAUUCAUAUUCAUAGAUUCAACAAAAACAUAAAGAAAUACGAUAUACAUGAUAUUAUUUUAUUGAAGAUUAGUUACUACAGAUUGAAUAAAGAUGAUUAUAAAACAGAUUAAUAGCCCCAUAAGGAAAAGAAAAAAAAAAGA